UAGAAGAAAACAGUAUGGAGGAAUCGCCAAAUGAGGAGCAGAACAACUCUCUGACAAUAGCCCACGUGAAGCCAAGCAUUAUGAAGAGAAAUGGAAGCUUCCCCAAAUACUAUGCUUGUCAUCUUUGUGGACGUCGCUUUAACUUGCGGAGUAGCCUGCGUGAACAUCUUCAGCUUCACACGGGAAUACCGUUCACCGCCUCGACUGGGCAGACAGAGACUAGCAUCUCCCCAUCAUUCUGCAACAAUGGAGCUGAGAUGGGAAAAGAAUCCAUGGAGACAACUGAAGCUGGUGGCAUGAGUGACAGUGACAUGCCACAGAUUUCUGACUCUCCAAUCAUUGAUGGGCAACAACAGUCUGAUACUCCACCACCUACAGACAUUGCAGACAUAGAUAAUUUAGAGCAAGCCGACCAAGAGAGAGAAGUAAAGCGUAGAAAGUAUGAAUGCACAAUAUGCGGGCGUAAGUUUAUCCAAAAGAGCCAUUGGAGGGAGCAUAUGUACAUCCAUACAGGUAAACCAUUCAAAUGCAGCACCUGUGAUAAGAGCUUCUGCAGGGCAAACCAAGCUGCAAGACAUGUUUGUCUUAAAAGCUCUGAUACAUACACAGUGGUGGACAAGCAGACUCUCGAAUUGUGUUCCUUUGAUGAAGGCAGCCAAAUGGACAACAUGCUAGUUCAAACAAACAAACGUUAUAAAUGUAACCUGUGUGACAAAACAUUCUCAACCCCCAAUGAGGUGGUCAAACAUACGUGCCAAGCCCAAAAUUCUGAUGUCUUUGCUCUGGAAGCAGAAGGAAAGUCCAUUCUUUUGAGCAGUGGAGACUCAGAACCUGCUGACAAUGAAAACUCAAUGCUAACUUCUAUUAAGAAAGAGCAAGAAAGUGUGCUAGAUUAAUUUCCGUCACUAUGAAAUCUUUCUUUCUUUGUAAAUUUUUCUUUUUUUCUUAAAAAUCUAUCAUUUCUAUCUCUUCCGUCCCUUUACCUUCCACUUUCAACAUAGGUUUGAAUUAGAGUGUAGCUAGAAAAAAAAAAACAAACAAAAAAAAAAAAUCUCACUCUUUUGCUCACAAUGUAUUUCCUAUUUUAUAUGAAUAUUAUUGUUUUUUUCAUUUAUUUGUGCUUUAUAAUGAAACUGGAAAGAUGAGAUGAUCUCCCUUUAUAUCAGUAGAACUACUGACAUUUCAUAGAUAACUCGUUUGUAGGUGGAAACUGUUUAACUUGAAAUAUAUUUGUGUAUAACGAUGAAGCAAGUCUUUGGUGGUAAGAAACAUAAAUUUAUACAUAUGUUUAAUAUAUCAUACUUGUUUUCAGCCAGGUGCAAAUAGGACAAGACAGCAUUUUCUGACACUUCUGUGGAAAAUAUUAAUUCAAAGAAAUACAGUUUUUAAAGCGUUGGAGUAGCUCUUAGAGAGAAAAUCUUACUAUGAGCUUUGUUUCUUAAUUAUUACUUCUCAAUAGAAAACACGUGACCUAGGUUAAUGUUAAGUUACUAUGCCAUAGUUAUAACCAUAGUACAAAUAUGAAAACAUUUUUUCCUCCUCUAAUUAUUUCAUAGGAAAUGCUGCCUGUUUUGGUAGGCUAUCUUUUAUGUGGGUUUUAAUGAUAAUCAGUUCACCCAUCCACAGUGCAUUUUUCUUUCAAUACCGUAUCUACACAAAACAUACUCAACUUGCACAACAGGUUUUCCUGACACGGUGUGAUUUGAAGAGUGUUGGAGACCAAGGAAACAUUUUCUAGUGAAAAGUGAGCAUCUUAUAAUAUCCUGAAACAAAAUACACGUGUCUUACUUUUUAAACCUAAUGACUUAAGACCUUAACUACAGGUCUUUUAACCACAGUCUGUGAACCACACCGUUCAAACAGCUGCAGAUGCUACAGAAUUCAGAGUACUCCCCACGAGCCUAAUAACUGAAAUUGGUGACAUUCUUUACAGUCAAAACUUUUACCUUAGAAUCCCCUAGUAGUAUUUCUCUCUACCAGUCUUUGUAAACCUAUUUGUGGAACUUAAAAUUUCCUAUCCUAUAAUAGCCAUUGUUUCCCGAUUAUUAUUUUUUUAUUUUUUUUUUUACAUUUCAGUGAAUCAUUGCAUAGGUAUAUUGUUCAUUUCUAUUUUAAUGAUUAUUAUUGCAUAGCAACCUGCCGUGCCUUACAGCUUACUUAGCUAUAUCCUCCAAUGGGUCACAUUCCUCCCAGUUCACAAUUAUGGUCAUUUUGUUUGCUGUCAACUGAAGGCCAAUUAAAUUGUUUGUGUUUAUUUUUUUUAAUUAUUUACUUCUUACCAUAGGAAAUUAGGCCCAGUUACACACACAUGGCAAUCUGUACAAAUACAAUCACCUAUGUUUCAUGUAUUCUUAAUGCAAUCUCUUCUAUAUCUUUAUUUCUAACUUUGUGUAUGCCAAUAUUUUAUCAUGGUGAAACAGCACUGUUCCAGAAAGAUAACAAGAAAUGAAAUAAUGCAGUUUCUUAAGUAUGGCCCCUUCUUGUGAUUUAUUUUAUUUUUAGGUUUUAAGUGCUAUAUCAUAAAUCUUAAUUGAAUUUAUUACUGGAAUAACUGUUGCAUUGCUUGUUCCAGUUACAAGCUCUCUCAUCGAAAGCAGCUCAGAUUGUUAUAAUUUUCCACGUCGCCUUUAUUUUAAAUAUAAUUUAAAGCAGCAGCUCUCGGAGAAUACUUCAAUUAACCUGUUGCUUUAUAUCUGUUGUCAUGUACAUGAAUUUUUAUUUUCUUCAAAAUAAAGCAAUCUUUUUUGUAAAAAAACUAAACAAAAAAAACUCUGCGUUUUUAAAGUCCACAUUGCCACCUUCAAACUUACUAUAUGCAUCCUUUAACGUUAUGUCUGACUUAUUUACCAGAUUACAAAAGUUUUGCAGUGCAAGAGCUAUUGGCAGUAUCAAGCCUUGAAAAAUUAAAUAAAAUUGAGAGGGAGAGCAGUGUUACCAGAGAUUGUCGAUUUUCAUUAAAUUGUAAUUAUUAAUGUACAUUUACAAUUAAUGUAAUGUAUCCUUAAAAACACCUAAUCAAUUGUUUAAAUACAGAUAUUAAAAGUAUUUAGAGCUUGGUCUAA